AUGGGUGAAGACCGAGGCGAUGGCUCUUCGGCUGCCCCACCACCGUUUGGAGCCGUACCCCAACAACAACAACAGUCCACUUCACAACGACCUCCUCAACCAAUACCCCACGACUCUUCACGCAUGGCGGAUUGGGAUUGGCGUGAGAUAAAUGAUGAAACGUUGGCACAGUUAUGUGUGUUCCAUGUUCCCGAUAAACCGGUUCAACAUCAGGAUGCAAAAAAUCGUGCAAUCACUUCGUUACCGCUUAACCUUACAAUUCGUCCAUCAGCACAAGAUCCCUCGAGAAUGGGAGUUUGGUCAGUCGACUACAUUCCAAGAGGUGUUCGUUUCGGUCCGCUUCUCGGUGAGAUACAGAUGAACGGAGCCGUUGAUGCGUUGAUUUGUCCGGCUGAAGCUGCAAGCGCCGGUGGCGCUGCUGCAGGCAAUGGGUCCAAUUCAACAGCACCCACCGCUUCUCCUAAGGAAUGGAAGGUAUGA